AUGCUAUGGCUCGAGUUUGAAGACAUCUGUGGAUACUCACAACUCGCAAUAGGUUACUGCGGAGUUGAGCAAGACUAUUGUGUCGGCACUCCAAAUGUACCCUGUCAGCAAGGCUUUGGCUCUUGCCAGGUCAUCUCACCACCUUCAUGUGGUGGAAGCUCGGCUGCAGGUCGGAGUAUAGGCUACUAUCAAUUAGCCAAUGUUCGGGACCGGCAGUGCAAUCGGAUCAGCCCAAAAGACAUUGACACCAAAGGACUAACGCAUCUCUACGCCGCUUUUGCGACAGUCAAUCCUUCUACCUUCGAAGUCAGCCCUGCCCACCCGGAUGAUCCGGCACUGUACAAGGAAUUCACGAGUCUUAAAUCAUCUACACUCAAAACAUGGAUUGCUAUUGGAGGUUGGGAUUUCAAUGACCCUGGCGCGACACGCACAACAUUUAGCGAUUUGUCUAGGACGGCGGCGCGACGUUCAAGAUUCAUCACUUCCCUGAAGAACUUCUUGACUACACAUGGCUUUGAGGGAGUUGACAUAGACUGGGAGUACCCAGGAGCGCCAGACAGGGGUGGAGUCAAAGAAGAUACCGACAACUACGUUGCAUUACUGAAGGAGAUGCGCGCAGCUUUCGGAACCCAAUUCGGCAUCAGCAUUGCCAUCCCAUCUAGCUAUUGGUACCUCCGAUGGUUCAAACCAAAAGAGAUGGAACCAUAUGUCGAUUGGUUUGGUGUGAUGACUUACGACCUGCACGGCCCGUGGGAUGAAAAGGUGUCACAAAUCGGUAAAGUCGUGCUAGGCCAUACUAAUAUUCCCGAGAUCUACAAUUGGACCCAACCUCUUUGGUAUGAUACAGUGAACCCCGCCAAAGUCAACAUGGGCCUUGCGUAUUAUGCCCGAGGAUAUACAGUCUCUGAUGCAGGUUGUAACGCACUUGGCUGCAGCUGGAGUGGCACAAGCAGGCCCGCGCCAUGUACAAACUUUGGUGGUGUAAUGUCUCUCCAAGAGAUUGAAAACCAGAUAAUUCCACAACUAGGCGUUCAACCCCGCUUACUAGAAAAAGACAUGAUGAUGGAACUUAAGUGGGGAAACCAGUGGAUUGGUUAUGAUAACAAAGAGACUAUUGCUAUGAAGAAGGCAUGGGCGAGUCAACAUUGCUUUGGUGGUACUAUGAUAUGGAGUGUUGAUUUCUACUCGGGAUCCGGCAGUGGAGAUACUCCUGACGGUGGUGGCUCAACUGAUCCUGGGAAUCCUGGCCAGGGGAACCCGGGGUCGGGGUCAGGAAACGUAUACAUUGACCCAAGUAUCUACAAAGACCCAAACCCAGUAGUCAACUGUGUGCCUCCUUGCACACUUAUUCUACCACCACUUCAGCUAUCUACCGCUACGACUAUCAGAUUUCCGCUUUAUACGACGUCUUUGGAUGUGGCUUGGAGCGCUUCAACAGGAUGGACUAGUAUUGUGCAGACAACAGUGUUGACUAUACCCCCAGUGACAACCACAGCAAUCGAAGUAUGGGCCUAUACGGUAACGGACACAAGGACGUCUUCAGGUGUUUAUUCAACUUUUGAUAUCACACCCAGUAUCAGGCCAACUCCAUUCACUAUAACGAAUGACCCCGAUCCUCUUCAUGAAUCCACCUCUCAUCCUGUAGUAACGCGGGUCAUCACCCCACCGCCUUACCCAUAUACGUACACUCCACCAGUGGCACAAUCUACUACAACGACAACCUCAAGCGAUGCCGCUCUAUUCGUAUUAUUUCCAAAGGCUACAUGGAAACCGGGAAAGCCUGGACCAUUGUGUAAGAUCAACUGUGGCAAGCCAUGCUUGAUUUUCUGCAAUCGUCCUUGCCUUCUCGACUGCACAGACGGCCCAAACGACUUCCCAGACCCCAAAAACCCCAAUCCACCUCCCCGCCCAAAGCCCAACCCGACACCUCCAAGCAGGCCCAAGCCAACAAUUCCCGAUACCCCCGAACCAACCCGCAAACCCAAUACCAACGGCGAUGAUCCGAACGACGAAGAAGAAGAGGACAACGACCGUGAAUGCGCGCUGGAAUUCGACCUCCCGAUCCCAACCUUCCGCCCUGACCCAACGUCAACAAGCAUCAAACCUCCUCCGGCACCACCCACAUCAUCCCCACCGCCACCUCCAGAACCCCCGAAACCAAACCCUAGUACCGAAAAGAGAAAAUGCUACGAUUCUGGCGCUACAGUUACUCGCGGUAUGAUGAUCGACGCGCUCAACGCGUUUUGCUCAGCCUACGAAGGCACGGUCCUCGAUGCUUCGAGACCAGGUACGCAGCGUACGCUCACCAACGACCCUGGAUUCGGCGCGCAUUGUAUGUGCUGCGAUCUUGGCUGCUUCGAUAUGAUUCACAUCAGUGUGACAGUCAUCAAUGGGUGUAAGUUUGCGGUUGGCGGGAAGGGAAGUAACCAGGAAUGCGGGAGGAUUUUGAGGAGAGCGAUUGAUGAGUGCGAUACUUCAAGCACUGAGUUUAAGCAAGGAGGGACUGUAGAGAGCAAUUGUGCGCAAUGGCGGAUCGAUCCUGAUGUCUAUUGGGGGUGA